UCAACAGGAGUCAGCGAGUAGUCAACAGCUCUGCUGUGCCUCAUUUUGCUGUUAACGUUAAGACUUCAAGAAAAUUCGUGAACCUUCUCGCCAGACUCUCUGAUUGUCUCAUCUCAGAGAAGGGCUGUGGUUUUCUGGUUUCAACCCCCUUUCCCUCUCAUCUAAAAGAACUGGAUCUCAACUACAAUUAUCCUGGAGAAUCAGGAAUGAAGCUGUUAUCUGCUAGACUGGAGGAUCCUGUCUGUAAACUGGAGAUACUGAGAACUGACCACACUUCUUUAGACAGAGCACGACCACGUUUGCUGAAAUAUGCCUGUGAUCUCACACUGGACCCAAACACAGCACACAGACGUCUCUCUCUCUCUGAGGGGAACAGAAAGGUGACACGUGUGGAGAAGCAGCAGCCGUAUCCUGAACACCCAGAGAGAUUUGACUCCACAUGGCAGGUGUUGUGUAGAGAGGGUCUGACUGGACGCUGCUACUGGGAGGCUGAGUGGAGUGUUGAUGAUGGAGCUCGUAUAUCUGUGGCCUAUAAAAGCAUCGAGAGGAAAGGGGACAGUGAUGACGUCAUAAUGGGACAGAAUGCCAAGUCCUGGAGUCUGUUCUGCUCUGGUCACAGUUACUCUGUCUGGCACAAUAAUAAACGCACUGGCAUACCUGCCCCCUCCUCCCGCUCCAGAACAGUAGGAGUUUACCUGGACUGGCCGGCCGGCACUCUGUCCUUCUACAGCGUCUCCACUAACACACUCACCCACCUGCACACGUUCCACUCCACAUUCACUGAGCCCCUCUAUCCAGGGUUUUGGCUUUAUUAUGGCUCCUCAGUGUCCCUGCGCAAGAUCACAUGAGCUCCUCCUUCAACAGGUACAUCCACCCUUUUCUCCCUUUCUCUCUCUCUCUCUCUCUACCCUCAGUCUCUGUCCCCCUCCCUUCUCUUCUCUUCCUCUCUCUCUCUCUCUCAUUCUCCUCCAUUUUCAGAUGUGUGUGUGUGUGUGUGUGGUUUGUAUGACACUGUAAUGUAAUAUAGGCUCGUAGGCACAAGAAGCUCUUUUACAAACAGUAAAGAUUACAUUACAUCAGAUUUAAUGUUGCCCACUGGCAUAUCACACACAUCAAGCUAAUAUUUUUGAAGUUGAAUGUGUGUGUGUGUGUGUGUGUGUGGUUUGUAUGACACUGGUGUCUAUUUAACCAACUGCCAAAAUUCAGACUUAAAUUCAUCAAGUCAAGACUCUGUGUAACAUUCCGCAGUAACCACGUAACCGUAGCAACAUCCAUUCUGUUGAUCUGUGGCCCUGGCAGUGGAGCAGGGCUUGUUACUAUGGCAAUAGUUCCAGCUUUGGCCCAUAGACUGUAUAAAGAACUGCAGGAACACCAGUCACACACAACUGUUCAUACACAUGUGUAAUGUAUGUAUGUAUGUAUGUAUGUAUAUUCAAUUAUAGACUACCGUUUGAUGAAACUAAACAAAUGCUGAUAUUGCUUUCUUUAUAUUAUGCUCUUUCCCUAAAAUGAAUGUGUGGAUUAUGAGAAUGUUUUCAACAACAACAAUAUGAUGUAUUCUGUUCUCCCUAAAGUUUAGUUAUUUGCUGAAUUAUCUUUGAAAAAUUAUUUGCUGAUCUGAGGUGUCAGUGUUUUUAUGUGUGUUUACAU